CUUCCCAGAGUCUCUGCAACCUGUCAACAAUGCAAGCUCUCUAGUUCUCUCUCUCUCUCGCUUUCUCUCUCUAACACCCCCACCGUCUUCUUCUUCAGUUUCACUUUCUGGGUUUCUCGAUUCUUUGGUGGGAUUUUCUGUUUUGAGCCUUUCAACUUAUUGAUUGGCCUCUCUGAUGUCUUUCAGAACAAUGUGUUUUUCUGUGAUUUUUCUCUCCUUAUUCGCGUAAAGGAAAAGGCGAAGAAAUAAAGAUUUUUUUUUUUUUUGAGGGGAUUUGACGAGAAAAUCGGAGGAUUGAAAAUGAAGGCGAACCAGAAAGAUUCCGAGAAAUUGAUAAACCCCAUUGUUGUCCAAACCUCGCAAACCCGGCCAGUCCCCAAGCUUCUUCUUUACCUCAUGCUCUUCAUCUGCGUCACGUACGUGGUCUACACUCUCCGCCUGAUCUCCUCCUCAACCUCACGCCCCGCCUGCGACGACGAGUUCUUCACCACGCGCCGCCACGGGACAGCCAGCCUCUCGAUCCGCAAUGCCGCCGCCGACAACCAGACGGCGCGUGUUUUCCGGCGCGAAUCUCGAGAGACGACGGAGAUGACAGAGAUCAAGCACGUGGUGUUCGGAAUCGCGGCGUCGUCGAGCCUCUGGAGCCAGAGGAAGAACUACAUCAAGCUCUGGUACCGGCCGAGAUCGAUGAGGGGCGUCGUCUGGAUGGACGGCGCCGUCGAGAGCAACGGCGACGACGCAAAAUCGCUCCCUCCGGUGAGGAUCUCGAGCGACACUUCGAGCUUCCCCUACGCUAACAAGCAGGGCCACCGGUCGGCGCUCCGGAUCUCGCGGAUCGUGUCGGAAACGCUCCGCCUGGGGCUGAAAAACGUGCGGUGGUUCGUGAUGGGCGACGACGACACCGUUUUCGUCACCGACAAUCUGGUCCGGAUUCUCCGGAAGUAUGAUCACAACCAGAUGUACUACAUCGGGAGCCUGUCGGAGAGCCACUUGCAGAACAUCUUCUUUUCGUACGGCAUGGCGUACGGCGGCGGCGGCUUUGCCAUCAGUUUCCCGCUCGCCAAAGCCCUGGCGAAGAUGCAGGACCGCUGCAUCCACCGCUACCCGGGGCUCUACGGCUCCGACGACCGAAUGCAGGCUUGCAUGGCCGAGCUCGGCGUUCCUCUCACCAAAGAAGUCGGCUUUCACCAGUAUGAUGUGUACGGAAACUUGUUCGGGCUCCUUGCAGCUCAUCCAGUGACACCCUUGGUGUCGCUGCAUCACCUAGACAUCGUCGAACCCAUUUUCCCGAAUGUGACACGAAUAGAAGCUCUGCAGCGGCUCAAUGUUCCAAUCAAGCUGGACUCAGCAGCAAUCAUGCAACAAUCCAUCUGCUACCAUAAGCCAAAGAGCUGGACCGUUUCGGUUUCGUGGGGCUUCGCUGUACAAAUAUUUCGAGGAGUCAUUUCGCCCCGUGAGAUGGAGAUGCCAUCCAGAACCUUUUUGAAUUGGUAUAGAAGGGCAGAUUACACGGCGUAUGCAUUCAACACACGCCCUGUUAGCCGAAAUCCAUGCCAGAAACCUUUCGUGUUUUACUUCUCCAAGGCAAAAUUAGACCGCACGACAAAUCAAACAAUUACCGAGUAUGUCAGGCAUAGGGUUCCUCAUCCUUUGUGCAGGUGGAAAAUGGCCGAUCCUUCGGAGUUUGACAUAGUAAAGGUUUUUAAGAAGCCAGACCCUGAUCUAUGGAACAGGUCCCCAAGGAGAAACUGUUGCAGGAUCAUGGACUCGCAGAAGAAUGGAACUAUGUUGAUAGACGUUGGUGUGUGUAAAGAUGGCGAGGUUACUGAAUUAUAGAAGACAUUGAAAAAAUUUUAAACUAAGAGAGCUUCUUCCUCUUCUUUCUCUUCUUCCGUUCUUUUCUUCUCAUUCUUAUCUCAUUUAUUAAUUUGUUAUCUAUUGCCUCUCCAUUUUUGAGUCUUCCGAAGUCAACUGACAAAAUAAUUAGAACCCAGAAAUGGAAGGGGAAAAGAGAAAUGAAAAAGGGGAGAAUAUUUAUUGCACAAAAAGUUGUUGUGGGCAGGCAUUGUAUUGUCCAAGCUGUUCAACAUUUUUCUAUAAUAUUUUUUCCCCCUCGAGUGGGA